AUUCAUCAUGCUGAGUCGAAUGGUGAUAUUUGUUUUUGGAUUCAAAAUCAUCUUACACUGGUUUUUAGGAAUUUUCUACAUUUCACAGUAUCUACCACCAUGUAUCACACGAGUCCACAUUUCGGAAAUAUUGAAAUAAUAUUGUAAGAUUUUUUUGAAUCCAAAAACAAAUAUCACCAUUCGACUCAGCAUGAUGAAUUACCCUAUCCCAGAUGGUUUUCUGGUUGAUCCCAGGUCAAUUAGCUGAAAUCAGGGGUCUCAGGAAAACCCUUAUAACUCGUGAACGGAACAAGCUAGAAAGGUCGGCCUUGUGUAGAUCGAAAGAGAACAAUUUUUUCUACCAAGAGAUAAAUUAAUAGAUAGGGUGAAGUUGAGAAAUGCCUCUACACAAGGAUGCUCAAAAUGUCCAUCAAAAAUGCACCUGAUUGGUCCAUUACUAACCAAUCAUAUUUUAGCAUGGAAUGAUGUGCCCCAGUCUUCUCUUUCUAACGGCGAAAACCGCACCUCUCCAACUUGUUCCUAUCAAACAUUAUUCAAAAAAUACCCAAGUGUCUUUUUUUUUGAAAUGGAUAAUAGUUUGUUUUUUCUUCGAAAGCUCUUUGUGCAUAUGUUUGUACCAUUUCUUCAGCUCUGGCUAGCGUUUGAGUAGCUAGAUCUUGAGUUGAAGUUUGUUCUGGUUUAAGUGCUAAUUGCUUGAGUAUAUGAUCUAUAUUCGAUAAUUGUGGAUCGGAUAUGGUAUUCGAUGUUUGGAGAGGGUGUGGAUUAAGAGAAGAACCAUACCCUCACCCAUGCGUACAUCCACACGCUUCUUAAUAAUUUUAUUUUAUUUUAUAGUUUAUGAACUCAUUAUAUAUCUUUGUAUUAUUCUUCAUGUGAUUUUAACUUACGUGGUAAAAAAAAAACAUUAAUUCUUUGCAUUUUAUUUAAAUACAAAAAAAGAAAAAAAAAUAGAAUGUUUAAGAAAUUUCAAAGCACAUUAGAUCUAUUUUUAAUCUAUUUUAAAAGAAGUAUAUUGUGAUUUUUAUUACAUAUAAUAGUAUGUAGCUAAUUUUCUAUGUAAUUAAAGUUAAUUGGAUUGCAUGAUAUUUUUUCAAGAAUCUUUAUCGUUUUUUCAUUUGUGAUGAACUUAGUAAUUAAGGCUUAAUUUGAUCAUUAUGAUGACAUUCCUUAUCACAAUUGACAAUGACAGACAGUUUUAUUAACGAUAUAGUACGUCAAAACUAUGAGAAAGAUUGACACAACGUACUAGUUCAUACAGAAAACAGUCUGAAUAACUCAGUAUUACAUACUUCGUUGUGUAUUUAUCGAUGUUUAUUCUACUUUGGAUUGAAAUAAUAGCGGCAUGCAUUACGUAAAUUAAUUUUGGUUUUGUUUUUUUUUCAUACUUUUUUUUUGUAUUUAGUUACGGUUUGGGUUUUAUUGGUAAUCUAUUAUCAUUAAUUAUCUUCUUUUCACAAGACGAAUUUCGAAAUGUGUCAACUGGUAUAUUAUUUCUCCUUAUGACUCUUUCAAAUACUAUUCAUUUAUGGACAUUAACAACAGAAUUUCUUGCUAUAUUUAAUAUUUAUGCUUAUUCAAAUGUAUUUUUUCAAUGUCGACUUAAUUAUUUUGUACAAAAUGUUAGUCGAACAAUGAGUACUUAUCUAGCUAUUGCAAUUACAUUGGAUCGAUUAAUUCGUUCGGAAUUACCAAUGCGUUCAAGAAUAAUAUGUACACGUCGAAAUGUUAUUAAAUUAACUUUAAUUUAUUUAAUAGUUUUUUCUAUUCUCUAUUCAUUUUGGUUUUGUCCAAUGGUUACAUUUAAUCCUAUAACGAAAACGUGUUAUACUGGUCAAUCAUCAAUUUAUAGUGAUUUUAUUACUAAUAUUUUUAUACCAACUCGAUUAAUUAUUGUUUGUAUUAUUCCAAUUAUUAUAAUGAGUUUAGGAAAUAUUCGUAUGUUACUUAAUAUACGACAAUCUCGUCGACGUGUUAAUCCAAGAAAUCAAAUAGAUAUGACUGUUGUCACAACAAAUGCUGCCUUAACAAAUGAACGAAUGACACCAAUUGAUCGAAUGUUAUUUUAUAUGAUGUUAAUUAGUGUUGGUGCAUUUAUUAUAACACAAAUUCCAUUUCAUAUUUAUACACUUGUACGAGUUAAUUCUGAUACAUUGGAUUCGUACACUAAUUUAUUGGUUCGUGCAAUACUUUUAAUUUGGUCAAGUAUUUAUUUUGGUAUUGG